ACCUCUUGUUGUCAAGUCUUGUAGGGUUGUUGUGUUCUCUUGAGAGAAGAAAGCGAAGGAAUGGCCUCCAACCAGUCGGAUAUCAGGUGCAAGGCUGGCCAAGCUGCUGGCCAUGCACAGGUAAAGAAGGAUGAGAUGAUGGAUAAGGCAUCGCAGGCUAAGGACCAAGCUGGGGGCUACAUCCAAGAGGCUGGGGAGCAGGCGAGGAACAUGGCCCAGGGUGCUGCUGAUGCUGUUAAGAAUGCUGUGGGGAUGGAAGACAAGAAGAGUUCUACCAGGAGCUGAACUGAUCCCAUCCAAGUUUUGUUCUGUUUCCUUGGCCUUAUUUGAGCACCUUGGCUAGUUUUGUCUUAAUAACAGUGUCCUGUUUGGAAAGUUUCUUUGUUGUUGGAUGGGAGACAACAGGAGUUCUCCCAGGAGAUGAACUGUUCCCAUCCAAUUUUUUUCUGUUUCCUUGGCCUUCUUUGAGCACUUUGGCCCGUUUUGUGUUAAUAACGAAGUAAUGUUUUGAAAGUUUCUUUGUUGUUCAAGUUUCCGUUCCUUCAAGAUAUGGAAAGCAUGCAAUGGAUUUCUUUUGAUGA